GUUCCACUUUGCCUGCAAAUAGGAACACAGCAUUUCUCAGUGGCUGCGAGGAUGCUGAGGAAAACCCCAGGAUACUGAGUCAUCGCGGUGGCCGGCUGAUAGCAAGCACUAAUCCUUGAACACUCUCGUGCGGGGGUAGGAUGACGGUAGAAACGUCUCUCAGACCCACGGCACAAGCAGCCCAUGGAAUUUCAUAACCUGAGCUCUCCCUCUCCCCUUCCUUCCCUCUCUCCCUCCUCAUUCCCUCCCUCCUCCUCGCCCUCUGCCUUCACCACUGCCUUGGGGUCACCUGGAGGCCCCGGCUCCUCCCUGAUGGUGUCUGCCUUCCCAGCACCAGUCCUGAGCGUGGAAUUUGUCCUGGGCCUGGUGGGGAACAGCCUGGCCUUCUUCCUCUGCUGCUUCCACGCGCGACCCUGGACAUCCAACACUGUGUUCCUGGUCAGCCUGGUGGUGGCCGACUUUCUCCUGAUCGUCAACCGGCCUCUUCGCGUGGACUACUACUUCCUCCACGAGACCUGGCGCUUCGGGGCCACUGCCUGCAAAGUCAACCUCUUCAUGAUCGCCACCAACCGCUCAGCGAGCACGGUCUCCAUCGCGGCCGUCUCACUCGACCGCUACCUGAAGGUGGUGCGGCUUCAGCACGUGCUGAACAGGGCCUCCGUGUGGGCAGCCGCCCGGGGGGCCGGGUGACUCUGGGGGGGCAUCCUGCUCCUCAACGGGCACCUGUUCCCGACCACUGAUUCCAGCCACUCCUGCCUCAGUUACCAGCUGGGCACGAGCCCCUCGGCCUCACUCCCCUGGCACCAGGCCCUGUUCGUGCUGGAAUUCUUCCUGCCGCUGGCGCUCAUCCUCUUUGCCAUCAUGAACAUCAUGCUCACCACCUGGCGAGGCCCGGACGUGCGGGCGGGCCUGCGGAGGGCCGUGCGCGUGCUGGCCGCGGUCGUGGCCAUCUACGCAGUCUGCAUCUUGUGCAGUAUCAUCUUCGGCAAAGCUUCCAUCGUGGCCUUCCGCCUGCACGCCUGCUGCACCCUGGACAUCUGCUCGCAGCUCUUCCAUGGCUCCCUGGCCUUCACCUACCUCAACAGUGCCCUGGACCCCAUGCUCUACUGCUUUUCCAACCCCAACUUCCUCUGCCAGGGCCGGGCCCUGCUGGGCCUCACCCAGGGCUGGCAGGCCUCCGCCAGCGACGAGAGCACCUACCAGCCCUCUGCCUGGCGCCGUGUGCCCUCUGGGAAGGUGGUGGCCGCAGAGAGGCUGUAGGCAGAGGGGUCGCUGGAGAUCUCAGAGGAGGGCUGACCAGGAAGGCCCUCUCAGGACGGGGGCCCUGCUGCGGUACCACAGGAGGGAAGACUGCCAGGCUCUGGGCUGGAGGGACAGGGUCACUCCCUGGACUCUUGCCAGCACAGGGUCCCUCAACCAACCGGACAAGGGACAUCUGCAGGAGCCAGGUGGGUGGCAGGGAGAGAAAAGCGUCUUGGCUUGGAGUCGUGUGUCCCAGAUGAUGUCCCCAAAGCACAGAGCAUGAUGGCAGGUGGAGACAGGCAGGGGCUCCGGGACUCCAGCUCAGGCAGAGGGCCACACAGCUGCCCUGGCCCGGGCCGGAGCUGGAGGACUGUGAGAGCAGAAGUCUUGCUUUAGAAAUUAGACAGCUGCAUUUUCUGUCAUCUCCAGUUUGUCUUUUUCAAUACUAACAAACUUCCUUUUGAAAAUGCAAGGCUGCCUCAGCUGUUCUAAGGAAAACCAGUAAGUUACCUUUGGGUCCAUCUGGCUCUGGCAUCAGGAGGGUUCAAAGCGAGUUCCCCAAGAUGAAGGGACACUCUGGGGACAGAAGCAAGAACAGAAGCUUCCACAUUGAUCCUGGAGCCCUGGUGUGCCCUUAAAGUCAGAACGCUUCCCUGGGAGAGGUCCUCAGGCUCACGGGAUGGGCUGCCCACCUGGAUCCCUGGGAGGCCCCUGACUUACUCUCCUGCGGGACCACGUGAGGAUCUUCAGCCUGGCAAGUUACCACCUCCAUCCAGUUCAGGCUCCUGGCUCGGCUUGGACCCCCUCCCCUGGCUUUCCUCAGCCCCAAGUACCCUUCUCUGGCCCUGGAACCCGUGGAGGCUGCUACCUCACCAGGAUAGGAUGCUGGAUGGGGGCAGGGGUCUCCAGGUCACCAGAGCAAGCUCACCACCCUCCCCCAGGCCCAAAGCCAUCUUGCCCAUCUCUCCCCCUUCUGUUCUGUUCAAUACGCCUUUGUCAGUGUCUAAGACCACCUGGGCUAACACAUCUGUUGACCUGGGGCCCCCAGGCACAAGGCGUGCACUGGGCAUGAAUCAGGGGUUUCUUUGGCGGAGAGAGCGGUUGGCCCUGUUGUCCACAGCCGAAGUCAUUGGGGGUGCGUGGCCUUCAAGGCUUCCGAAGGGCUACACAGAAGCCACUAGAGCCCCAAAUAUGCACCUCCUGAACGCCAUGUGUCCCCAGCCCUAGCCGCCUCAGGAGAAUGAACAUCUGCCCCCAGCAGACAUACGUCCUCCCUGCUGCAGGGGACAGAAGGGCCUGGGACUGGUUCCCUACUCAUCACCCCAGCCACAGGCCUCUAGGCCUCAGAUACAGGGUCUGACGAUGGGGGCCAAAGCCCCUCCCCCCAACUGUUUUAAUCCUCUUAGUCCAACCCUCUGAUAUUGUGGACAGGGAUGCCCUCCCUCUGUUAAAAGUCCUCAGGAGUGGUGGCCAAGGCCCAGGAGGGUCACCCACAUCCCGGGAGCGAGGCAGAUGGGUGCCGUGUGGAUGCUGAGGUGGGAGACAGAACAUGUCAGGCAGAGGGAGGUGGCCUGGGGGACAGGUUGGAUGGGUAUUAAAACCUGGUGUGUCUCCGGCCAUCUUCCCUUUUCUGAAAACUCACCAGCCGCUGUCAGAAACCCACAGAAAUACUGAGAACCCAAACCAAGUGAUGGAAAUGGGUGUGCCGCCCAGGCCCCUCCAAGGGGGCUCCCCGGGUGUCUCUGCCCCACAUGGCCCCCUGCUCCAGUCCUCCACUCCGCUGCCGCCUUUUUCUCGCUGGUAGAGCCACUCCUAGGAACUCCCCGCCUCGCCACCCCCUGCUGCGACAGAGGGGAGCGGGCCAAUCCUGCGCCAGCCGGACCUGAGAUUGGUCAUUUCUAAGUCAGACAUUCUUAUGAGAGGUCCAAGCGCUCCUGGAGGCGGGGCGCUGAGCACCCCCUUCAAGGGGCACUAACGUGUGUGCUGAAUGAACACCAGGCACCUUCCCUCUGAUACCAUCUCUCCCCACGUUUGUACCUGCCUGGCUUCCGAGCAGCUCUAGGGGCAAAUGGGGCUCCACGUGCCAUUUCCUUGGUCCUCCCUUCCCUGGGCCCUUCCCCUCAACACCGCCACCCCCUGCCCUCUCAGGAGCCAGGCUCACUCUCCUGACCUGACGUCAGGGAAAUGACCAGAUGGUCCCCGUGUCCUAUGUGCACUGCUGUCUCUCCCCCUCGAGAAGUCCCAGGUAGAGGCUGGUCACAGGCUUUGGGCCCACACUCCUAACCCUCCCCGGGAUCCUUCUUGCCCCUCAGCUCUCCCCACUGACAAGGCACUCUCUAAAGGGGGUCUGGGUGUCCCCUCAUGGGAGAGAAGCGGGGCUUCAGGCUGCCUCCACACUCUCCUUGCAUGGAAGGACCCCCUGGUCCUAACCUUGGUCCCAACCCACUGUACCCCUCCCAGGACUUGUUCUCCAUGUGUGAAAUGGGAACAGUAACCCUGGCCCUUGCUCAACUCCAGGGGUUAGAGAUGGAAAUAACUGAUAUGCCAGAGCACUGAGUGAGGAAGG